AAUCAUUAAGUGUUCUAUAAAGAUAAUAACUGACAGUGUUUAUACCACGAGCAAGUUGCAUUCAAUGUAUAUCUAAAAAAUUGAACAGUAAUAUAGAAUAAAUAUUAUCAAUUGCAGAGGAUACAAACGCAAUUUAUCGAAUUUAAAUAAAACAUUAUUGUUUUGUUGAACGGUUCUAAGCAAAAUGUAAUUAUAAAAAUAGUGUAAUCAAAAUUAAUAGAUUGAAUCCUUGUAUUCUGAAUUUGUGAGUCGAGAUGACUUCAUCACAUCGAAACCGGGUUUGCAGAUCGCUUCUUAGUCAAUAUGAUCCAUUUAUUUUGGACAUUUAUAAGUCUGAAAUGGGGUACGGGGUAGAUAGAUUUUUUUUAUUAUCAUACUGUCUAGCCUGCUGCUGGUCGGGUCUUGGAGCCAAAAGCAAUCUUAGGAUUGUUAAGCAAUGGUCGGAGAUGAACUUUGCAUUUCCCAGCGAGGAGGCUCGACAGAGUGCUUUGGCAAAUCGCUACUACGUGCCUGGAAAUUCAGUUCCUAUUGACGUCGAUGUUCAUCAUAGGAAAGGACCAGCCAAGUCUCGGAUAUUUGUGACGAUACCGAGGUUCGAUGAAGGUCGUCCGGUGACUUUGGGGACAGUUGACGAGGAAGGACUGGUCAGCGGCUACCCAGACUAUACUUGGCAUGAUAAUCAGGGAAAUAACUGUGAUGGAUUGACGUCCGUGUUUAGAGUUGCUAUUGACAAAUGCAAUCGACUGUGGGCGAUGGAUGCAGGGAAAAUUGGAGAAAAAGCUGUUUGCCCUCCUCAAUUACUAGCAUUUGAUUUAAACACAGACCAGCUAAUUUACCGACAUCGACCAAACCCUUCGAGCUACAUCCCAACGUCCUUGUUCAUAACUCCAAUUGUGGACGUUCGAGGCCAAGAUUCAAAUGACUGUUCAAAUACCUUCGUGUAUGUGGCAGACGUAUCCGGCUUCGGUUUGUUAGUGGUCGAUGUUAUCAACGACCGCUCCUGGAGAGUCACCCACCGAUUAAUGUAUCCGUAUCCUUCACAUGGAACCUUUACGAUUGAUGGGGAAAGCUUCGACCUUAUGGAUGGAAUAUUAGGUAUGGCACUGUCUCCAUACAUGGGUCACGACCGUUACCUGUACUUCCAUGCAUUAGCUUCCACCACGGAGAACGUGGUACGCACCAGCGUGCUUAGAAAUGACUCCUUUAUUGCAGACUCUAACGCGAAUCCUUACUCCAUAAACGCGUUUCCCGAAGAGCGUCCAAACCAAUCAGCAGCGGAAGCUAUGGACAGCAACGGUAUUUUGUACUUUGGACUAAUGGAACCUCCCGGUAUCUGGUGCUGGAAUUCAGGUACAGACUUCUCUACACGCAAUUUCCACCAAAUCGCAAUCAACAAAGAAACUUUACAGUUCUCUAGUGGCUUAAAAAUUGUCAAAAAUCUUAAAGGCGAAGAAGAACUAUGGGUAUUAACAUCGAGUUUCCAAAGAGUGAUGACGGGAUCUAUUAGUUCAGACAGAGUCAAUUUUAGAAUACACGCUGAAAAAAUUCCACUUUUGUUAGAAAACUCAGCAUGCAGAUCACCUUCAAAGAGCGACUAUAUUGGUAAACAUGCCGAUCGGAUAUCACCUCAAAUAAAAAAAUAUGUGUAUAAAUAUGGUGCUGUAUCGUUCCUAUAAAAUAUCUGCAACGCCAGAUUAAUUACAGUUAUUUACGUGGUAUAAUGGCCAUAAUAAUUAUUAAUUGUUUGUUAUAAGUAUAUAAAUUAUUUCAAUGUA